AUGAAUGUCAACAACCGUAGCAAUGGAAGUUCUUUCGGUGGCGAUAGCGGUGGAAUGGGCCCACCCCCAAGUUCUGGCUCAUCUGCUAUCACACCUCUACAAAGAAAUGUUGUUCUUUAUGGCUAUUUAAUUCUUUUCAUCUUUGGCUUUUUUGGUCAUUCGAUGAGUUUAACUAUCUUUCGUCGUCCAACUCUUUGCAAAGUAUCAACAAGCACACUCUUCAUCUAUAUGACAAUAUCCGAUCUCAUUUANCAACGGCAACAAAAGACACAGUUAAGACGCAGUGACGGUGGUGGUCGUCGUCGUGUUUUUCUCGAUCGACAAAUGUUGUUGAUCAUGAUCUCAAGCAUCAUCCUGUUUUUCAUCACUCAGAUUCCAUUGAGUCUCUUUUACAUUCUCAUGACCUAUGUUCUACGAUCGAGACUCACAUUGGAACAACUAUUUCAGUUCAACAAUUUUGCCAUUUUGAUUGCCUCGAUCGAUUAUGCAGCAUCAUUCUAUGUUCAUUGUCUAUCAAGUCGAUUGUUUCGUCAAGAAUUUUACAAUGUGAUACAUCUUGUUCGAAAUCGUCGUGUUGGUGUUGUCACACAAUUGUUUGGUCAUGAAGCCACUCAAAACCAAAUUCAAUUGACACAAUUACGAACUCGAAAAUGA